GGAAUAGGGGCGGGAUGUGACCACUGGGGGGCUGACGCUGCCUGGCGGGUCUGGACGCCGCCCUAGACGAGUUUUGGAGCUGAUCUGAGCUAAGAGGUUCAGACUACUAGGAAAGAUCCCGGAGCUCCAGUGUUGUGUAUGUAAGUCUGAGCGUGAGGGGGAAAAAAAAAAAAAAAAGAACCGGACAGCAAAAUCUCCAACUCUGCCUCCUUUCCUUUUGGGAGUCUCCUCAGCCAUGGCCGCCAUCCGCAAGAAGCUGGUGAUCGUGGGUGAUGGUGCCUGUGGAAAGACCUGCCUCCUCAUCGUCUUCAGCAAGGAUCAGUUCCCAGAGGUCUACGUCCCUACCGUCUUUGAGAACUACAUCGCAGACAUCGAGGUGGAUGGCAAGCAGGUGGAGCUGGCCCUGUGGGACACAGCGGGGCAGGAAGACUAUGAUCGCCUGAGGCCUCUCUCCUACCCGGACACUGACGUCAUUCUUAUGUGUUUCUCCAUUGACAGUCCUGACAGCCUGGAAAACAUUCCAGAAAAGUGGACCCCCGAGGUGAAGCACUUUUGUCCCAAUGUGCCCAUCAUCCUCGUGGGGAAUAAAAAGGACCUGAGGCAGGAUGAGCACACCAGGAGAGAGCUGGCCAAGAUGAAGCAGGAGCCUGUUCGAUCUGAGGAAGGCCGGGACAUGGCCAACAGGAUCAGUGCCUUCGGCUACCUUGAGUGCUCAGCCAAGACAAAGGAAGGGGUGCGGGAGGUAUUUGAGAUGGCCACCCGGGCAGGCCUACAGGUCCGCAAGAAUAAGCGCCGGAGGGGCUGUCCCAUUCUUUAAAUUUCCCCAAACCCUCCCCAAUUUUCCACCCUUCCUUUCAUAGGGGUACAAAUUACCCGCCCC